GCCAGCAGAUCGACAAGUAGUCAGGACAUAUUCUCAUAGCAGUAACAGAAGGUAACACCACCAGUGGGUGUUCUGAAGCCCACUUUUGCUCUCCUGGGUGUGAUUGCUCCUGAAUGCACAUUCAACCUCUUCUAUUGCUGGCAGUGAAGACCUGCAGAUGCACUCAAACACAGGCUUUCUUUUCAACCCUGCCUCUGUCUCAACACUCGCAACAAAGCUGUACCCGCAGGAAGAGGAUACACAUGUUUUAUUGACAGAGCUACAGGUGGUUUGAGUUUGAGCUGCUGGUGAACUGGAGGGUUUUUUUCCUGUGUGGUGAGCUGGGGCAUCUUUGGAGCCAGUAUGUUGCCUAUUGUUGUGGCAUGUUUAGUAUUCUUCCUGCUGGGCUCAGGGCAGGCUCAGGUUGCCACACAGACUCAGGGGCAGAGCCAGAGUCAGGGCCAGGGGCAGGACGGCUCUGCCAACCCUUGGAGGCAGGUGAUUCAAUGGGAGAACAAUGGCCGGCUGUUUAGCCUGCUGAACAGCGGAGCUGAAUAUGUCCCUGCAGGGGCCCAGGAAAGAGGUCCCAGGGUGGUCGUGGCAGAUACUAAUCCACGCUCUCCACGUAGACUUCAGGGAGGCAAUGUCCGCCGACAGGCUCCAUCAAGAGGAUCCUCUGAGACUAUCCGUGGGCAGGCAAGGCAUCCUUUUGGCUUUGGGCAAGUGCCUGAUAACUGGAGACAAACUGCAGGCAGCACAGGGGGAAGCCAGUUCCAAGGAUCAACUGGCACUCGCCUCAGGCCAUCCACAGGCUCAUCGUCGUCGUCGUCAUCCUUUUCUUCAUCUUCUUAUAAUAUACCAUCUUACCCCCAGAACCCAAUUCCUCAACAGCCUCCCUUCCAACAAAUACCAUAUGACUCUAGUUUUGUAGAAGGACCGGUCAGGAGCUACGAGCCACCUUUUCAGCCUGUUGCCGGUGGAGGAUAUGCUGCUGGAGGGUAUGGUGCUGGAGGGUAUGGUGCUGGAGGGUAUGGUGCUGUUGCUGGAGGGUAUGGUGCUGGAGGGUAUGGUGCUGUUGCUGGAGGGUAUGGUGCUGGAGGGUAUGGUGCUGGACAAGGGUUUACUGGAGGUGGUCAGGCCCCUGCGCUCCCAGGCGCUGCCUCUGAUUUUACUGAUGAUAGCUACCGCUACUACCAGUCUAUUGGCUAUGCGCCUAAUCCUGCAGUGCCUGCACGUGCUGCCCAACCACCGUUUGCAGAUAGUCUGGACCACAGAUACACCCACAGUCUCUUCAACGGGGAGACUGGUCCUGCUGUCCCUGCUGUCCCUGCCCCCGAUACAGCUCCAGUGAUAGUGGACAGGACAGGAGCAGCUGGUCAACCACAAGUCAGGAGCCCUCAGUAUGAGCAGUUUCCUCCAUUCGGUAGACCCCAGCCUCCUUUCCAGCAGCCCAUUCCUCGAGGCAGAAGUUCUCCAAACUCCGGCCUCGAGAACCCCAGCAUGAAUGUUGGGAGUGUGUACCGACCAGAACAGAGAGGUUUGCCUGACCUGGUUCCUGAUGCCAACUAUGUCCAGGCUUCCACAUAUAUCCAGAGAGCCCACAUGUAUUCUCUCCGCUGCGCUGCUGAAGAAAAAUGUCUUUCAAGCUCCGCCUAUGGGCCUGAGACCACUGACUAUGAUGUAAGGGUCCUGCUGCGAUUCCCACAGAGGGUGAAGAACAAGGGGACUGCCGACUUCAUGCCUAACAGGCCACAUCAUACCUGGGAGUGGCAUAGCUGUCAUCAGCACUACCACAGCAUGGACGAGUUCAGCCACUACGAUCUACUGGAGGUCAGCACAGGCCGUAAAGUGGCCGAGGGACACAAGGCCAGUUUCUGUCUGGAGGACACCACCUGCGACUUUGGUCACCUGAAGCGCUAUGCCUGCACCACCCAAACUCAGGGUCUGAGUCCAGGCUGCUACGAUACAUACAAUGCUGAUAUUGACUGCCAGUGGAUCGAUAUCACGGACAUCCAGCCUGGAAACUACAUACUAAAGCUCCAGGUGAAUCCCAAGUUCUUGGUGCUGGAAUCCGACUUCACCAACAACGUGGUCAGGUGUAAUAUACACUACACGGGACGGUUUGUUACAACAACCAACUGCAAGCUAGCCCAGUCUUGAUCAGGCACUGGAAGCUGCCACGCUCCACUGGACCUGAUAGCUAUUCCAUUGAAAUGUGAAUGGAAUCCAUUUGUUGUUGGUUCAUUGUUGAUGUUUGUUUGUCUCUUACUAUUUUGUGCUGUCUCGGUAUCCUGAGCCCAAAGCAAACAAGGGUUCUACUGGCACUGAAAAGAAUGUGGGGGUUUAAGGUAGACACACACACACACGCACACACACACAGACACACACACACACACACCAUUGCAUAAUGCAUAGUGCACGUUGAUAUCCCAAUAAUGAACAACAACCUGCGAUCUAUGUUAUAAUAUUGUCCUCCCAACUACAUUUCUCAUGUUUGCAACUCUACCAGUCUGCUUUGGUUAAUGCUCGGACACGUCAUUGACUUUGAAGAGAUGUGUUUACUGUAUCUGCGCACAAACAUCGAUGCACCCCCCCCCCUCCCCCCAGCAGACUCUGUUUGAAUUAUAAAUAAAGCGUGAAACAGUUCCGGUGCAUGAAAUCUGUGGCUCCAGACAAGUCAGGGUUCAGCUGCGAUCCACCAAAUAAAAUUACGGGACAAAGUCUUCCCAGGUGCAUUCAUCCAUGCCGUGUGGGGGCAGUCAGAGAUGCCCAGUGACUCAGAAGAACUAUAAUGUGUUAGGUUUUCCCUUUCUCUUCACUGCCUCGGUGGGUCAGGCUGGGAUCCUGUGAUUCUCCGGGCACAUCCUGUUUAAUGUUGUGUUAACAGCACGAGGAAGACAGCAGGUCAUAUUUGCAUUUGUCAACUCCUUCAAACUAUAAGUCAACAUAAAAACAGGCUGUCGGUACUCGCCGCUGCACUCCUCUACAUCCUUGCAUAUUCGUGUCGUGUCCCCAUUUGUCCUUUUCUUAUUUCAGUACAACAGGAACAGGAAACUCAUCUGGUGAAAAAAACACAGACUCCCAGUAUGUGAGCUGACUAUUUACACUGUCAUGGGGGUCUCUUCUUCUUCCUCUUCUUCUUCCUCCUCUUCUUCAACUACCAGAACUGGCCAGAUGGCAAAUAGGUCAUUUAGGUUGUAGCUGAUUGUUUAUCCAGUUUGACCCGUUACUGUAAUAUGUGAAAUUCAAUCAACUUAUAUAUUUCUUUCUUGAUAAUCUGAAUUAUUCAAAUAGUUGUUGGAAAAAGAAAACACUACUGCUACAUACUUAUUAUUCUAAUGCAGAGCGUGAGAAAGCCGUCUCUACCUACCUCUCCUAUUGAGUGAGCUGUGUCUUAUUAAGUGUUUGCAAUGGUUCACUGUGGCCUCCUACCACUGUGUUGCAGCUAAAGGCCCUGUCACACGGUGCCGUAUGGCAGUAACGUACGCUGGCGCAUAUGAAAAUGAGCAUAUGCAACGUGUAUAUAUACAGAGCCUAUCGAUAGCGUAACGUAUCAGAGCGAAUGGUCAACAUAUUCGUGCGAAACGUCAAUUUCAUAUGCGCCAGCGUACGUUUCUGUGUGACAGGGCCUUAAAAUCUGCACAUAUGUUGAGGAUAUCAAAGAUCUCACCAUGUGGGAUGCAAACAAUGACUUAGUGAUAUUCUAAAAAGGCUUAAAGUUAGAAUCCCUAAAGUUUUCCGUCCUGCUUGGUUUAUCCUACAUCACACACUCAUUGAGCAGCUGUGCGGGCAACGGGUGUGUGUGUGUGUGUGUUUACAGUGGAACCAAACAAACUCAAGUUUUAAUAAAGUCAGUCAAUAAUUGACCUUUCUCCAUCGUGCCAUGAGCAACUGUGAUGUGAUUUCAUCGUACACUCAGGGCGAGUGGUUGUCCACACAACAACACGGUAACACAGUAACUGGAGUGUUUUAUCUGAGUGAGAAGUUAUAGCAACUUUUCCUCAACAGCCUUCUUGUUCUAUUAAUCCCUGCAACAUUUAAAACGUGUUGCCGUCUUGUUUAGCAGACAUAUUUUUUGUUAGACGAUCGUAGUGUGGUGGCUUGUACCAGCAGCAGUACAAACAUAUUUGCUUUGCAUUAAUACAACAUUAAUGUGUCGUAAAGAGAGCGAACAGUAAACCGUGAAGAUGAUAUCAAUGGGAUACAAUUACAAACCGUAACGCUGGAUUACAUGCAUCGUCUCCUCGUGUGUGUGAAGACCCAAACUACUACAUAGAGAAGAGAUUACUUAAUACAAUCUAAAGGCUAUUGCAGAACAAAUACCGACCAUAAAUAGUAUUAAUGAAUGGGGUUUAAUUACGUGAAAAUCUUAAGGAUUACAACUUUAAUAUCCAUAAAGCUGAUUACUAACAUGUAUUAUGUACAAACAAUUGCAAAGCACCAAAGUUAGUUUGCUGCUGUUUGUAACAAACGUUAUUACUUUAAUGCAUGUUUUUUAAAACAGAGGGCUUUAAAUUCAAUAUGCACAGUCUUAAGUAUGCACAGUAUGUUCGUUCUUUAAUUUGAUCACACUGUACGCUCACUGACGAGCAACAUGUGAAUCUGACAUUCGUUACACGGCAGCACAAGAACAGAGGCGACAGUUAAACCGCGUUUUUGACAUGUGGUGAUGAUAUUUGUGUUUUUCUACUGAACACCUGUCAAAAAUGUCAUAUACAAUA